CACAUGCCCUUGCUGGCUGUUGCAGGAUUCCUCUCUUCCCAGAGUCCGGUUACUUCCAGAGAUCAAGUUCCAGCCUCUUGGCUGGUGAAUUAUUAAACUCCAGCAGUGCUCCAUUCCCUUUGUACCACGUCUGUGUCUUCCUGCUGUCCAACCUUGCCAGCGACAAGGCUCUUUCCACCCAGCCAGUUCUGCAGAAGCAGGGUCCUCCAGGUCACCUCAUAUAGCACUUUGUGCUCCCCUUUGCUCCUUGCUUCUCCGUGGGAGAGGGGAAAAGCUCUGGAGAUGGAGCCGUCCUACAGAUCCACCAUCUCCAUCUAUAAGAGUAUCCUGGAGCAGUUCAACCCCGCGCUGGAGAACCUGGUGUACCUGGGAAACAACUACCUGCGUGCCUUUCAUGCAUUGUCCAAAGCGGCUGAAGUGUAUUUUAAGGCAAUUGAGAAGAUUGGGGAGCAAGCGCUGCAGAGCUCCACCUCACGCAUGCUGGGUGAAAUUCUGAUGCAGAUGUCCAACACACAGAGAGUCCUGAGCUCUGAUCUGGAAGUCGUGGCUCAGACCUUCCAUGUGGACCUGCUGCAGCACAUGGAGAAGAACUCCAAAAUGGAUGUGCAAUUCAUUAGUGAAAGCCAGAAGCAGUAUGAGCUGGAGUACCAGCGCAGAGCCACCAACCUGGAUAAGUGCAUGGCAGACCUGUGGAGAAUGGAGAGAGCCCGUGAUAAAAAUGUCCGGGAGAUGAAGGAGAACGUGAUGCGACUGCGCUCGGAGAUGCAGACGUUUGUCUCUGAGAGCCAGAGGGAGGCUGAGCUGGAGGAGAAACGCCGCUACCGCUUCCUGGCUGAAAAGCACCAGAUGCUCUACAACACCCUCCUCCAGUUUUACAGCAGGGCUCGGGGCAUGAUCCAGACCAAGGCACCGCAGUGGAAGGAGCAGCUGGAGGCCAGUCGCAACCCCUCAAACAGCCACCCACAGGGUCUUCUCAUGACCUCCCACAGCCAGGGGUAUCUGUCGGGCCGGAUGACCCCCACCCACCUCGAGAUGGCCCAAAGACCCCUUGGUUCUUCCAUGACUGGGAGUAGAUCCAGCAUCUUCCCUCUGGAGCCUCCAGAAAUGAGACCGUCUCCUCAACCAGAGUCCCCCAGGCGGCCGCUGCAGAGGACACCAUCAGCCAGUUUGCUCCCCACCAGCCGUAUCUCCCGGUCGGGUUCCUUCGGUGAGGCCAGCAGCAGCAGCGAAGGCAGGAGGAGGAGCGGCACGGCGAGAGUGCAGGCUAUCGCGGCCCACAUGACGGGCAACAACCGGACCCUGCUGCGGUUUGACCCUGGGGAUGUCAUCACGGUGCUGAAGCCAGACGCGCAGAACGGCUGGCUGUAUGGCAAGCUGGAGGGCUCAUCCACAUGCGGGUGGUUCCCCGAAGCUUAUGUCAAGCCUCUGGAGGGUGCGAGGGAGAUGGAAGAGCUGGUCACCAGGUCCUUCCCGCUGCGAAGCAGUCACAGUAUGGAUGACAUCCUGGACCGUCCCAGCGCUCCUUCCUCUAGCAAUUACUGGCCUUCUGCACCUGCCCAGCCCCGUGUGCCGACCCCACCUCCCCUCUCGAUGGGUGCCAGCAGUCACCAGAGUGGGGUGGCCACCUCAGUCAGUUCUGGCUCCAAGAAAUCGGGAGCAUCUGAUCAGCCUCCUGAACUCUUCCCACGAGGUACCAACCCCUUUGCCACGGUCAAGCUGCGUCCUACAGUCACCAACGACCGCUCGGCACCCAUCAUCCGAUGAAAUGGGGCUGUAGAUGAUGGAGAAUUUCAGCAGGGAAGGGGGAGGCAUACAAGCGACGGGCUGCGACCCCCCAGCUGGGCAGCAACCUUGUGCUACCACUCACGGAGUGACCUUUCUCUUCCCCUCUUUUCCCUCCGGGACACGGGGACCCAUCUCACCUGGCUGUCUGGUGUGCUUUGGCCAGUGGCAAAGACCCCUGAUGCUCUUUUUUGGAUAUUGCCCUCUUCCCCUCGCCCCAUGAGGGGGUUCCUGUACCUGAGAAGUCUGCUCAGGUACCUGCGGGAGAAGUCCAUUGGUGAUGGUGGGCUGGGAGAAGUGAUGCUGUGGGUCUGGGAGGUGCAGAGGAUGGGUAAGAUCAUCUGUGGCAUGGGGCAGCGCUAGCAGGACGAGGAAGGCCAAGCUUUGCUAGCCCUGCUGUGGCCAGAGAAGGACACUCGCCGAACAGUCCCUUCAGUACCAAAAAUUGAACCCUAAAGGGAGAAGGCCACAAGAAGGUCUUCCAGCGACAUGGUCCAGCUGCCUGGGUCUGUAGAGUGGCAGCUCUUGGCCCCUUUGGCAGCUGUGUCUGUAGCCACAUCUGCCCCUUCUCGCUCCCACCGUGGCUCCUUCCCUUCUUUGGCAGCCCUGGGGCAGGUGAUAGUGCCCAGAGCCCCUGCCCUACUCCUUCGCCUAUUGUCCCGUGGAAAA